CAUAACUUCACGGAGUAUAUAACAUGGGGAAUGUUCGCACGAGAUGAACCGCCAGAUUCUAGUAAUCUGGUGACCAAAAAUCUAUAUGGGGUUCAUCCAUUUUACAUGGCUCUUGAGCCAGAUUCAAAAGCGCAUGGUCCUGCUCCACAUUUGGUUUAUCGAACGAUUGGUGGAAUACUCGACAUUUAUUUCUUUCCUGGACCUGAACCUGAGCAAGUGAUACAACAAUAUCUUGCUCUUAUUGGUACACCUAUGUUACCAGCUUAUUUCGCGCUUGGUUUUCAGGUAUAA